UUCCUCACCUAUGUGAUUAAUUCUUACAUUUUUUUCUUAUUUUUUUUCCUCAUUUGUAUACCCUGUGGCAUCCUCUUGACAGGUCUUGAGGGCUUUGCCAACUCCUAGCAGAGUUUGUGUCACUGCUUGUGAAAGCACAUCCACAGAGAUGUUGAGUGUGACGUCUGUUCUGUGCGAAGGGGGUUUAAAAGCUGUGCUGUGUGAAGCACCCUCUCAGACUAAUCCCAGUGGGAUGCUCAGGAGGGUUUAGGCACCCUUAAAAUCUUUUUUCGCAGUGCUCAGGAAAAAGCACUUUCUCUGUUUGAGGGGAGUGGGGUGGGAAUAAAUCCACCCACUGUGAUGAUUUUACAGGACACUUUUGAGCAGUGUGGGUGCCAGUGUUUUCUUGCUGACUCCCUUUUUUCUGGGUAAGUUGUGUCAGCAACUCCCCCCAAACCUGAGGAGCUUCAGCAGCUCUCCUGCUGUGCCAGUUCUUGGAGCUGAGCUCACAGCUUGGCCACGCUGAGGAGCUGUUCUGCCACAGCCACUGGCAUUGCAGAUAGAGGGAACCAAAGAGCAGGAAUUUGGGAUCUGGCAGGGGAAAUUACCACCUCUGGCUUUUGAGUGCUUGUUGGAGACCAGAAUGGUCCAGAACAGAGAUGGCUUUGCCCCAGCUGAGGAACCACUACAGAAUUUUAAUCCAGAGAAUUGUGAGCUGUAGUAGGGGAGACAGAAUUUCUCUCUUGCUUUUUGAACAUUUCAUUUUGGCCCACCCAAAGGCUGGGCUGGUUGCUGAAUGACAUUCCCACUGUAUGCCAUAACUACCCUGGGUAAUGAGUGUGGUCUGCUCCAGUUCCAGCAGUCAUGGGCUCCUGAUGCAGCAACCAGCCAGCAGCACACCAGCUCUGCUGCCCUGGAAGACAUCUGGGAUGGACAGAACUUAAUCAUGGACCGAAUGAACUCUGCAGACACCUUGGAGGGACAGCCAUUGACUGUGGAAAGGAUGCCUGUACUUAUGUGUGUGUUCAUAUAUACAUACAUCUGUAUGUAGCUGGACAGUGUGGGAACUGGGCAUGACAGAGCUGGUCUGUUAUGAUAUGCAGUGGCAGUUUCCUCCUAGGAAGUUUGGAUGCUAUCUCCAAAAUUUCUCCAAAUAACUGGGCCUUCACAUAUUUUCAGUCACGUAGAUCUUGUACCUUAACUGUAAGCAUGCAGCAAAAGUCUUGGUCACAGCAGCUACCAGCUGAGGAAACUCUUGCUGGCUCCACAUUUGUCUCACACCCCUGGAAUUGCACCCCACAUGCUGGAGGUUUGUGCUUUCCCUCUCGGCUGCAUCCAUCAUAUCAAUCUCCAGAGCCCAGUGUCAAAGCUUUAAACAGCCAGCAACUGCUCCCAUACAGUUCUUUAAAAAAAAAGCCAGCCCUGACCUUCCUCAUCCUCUUGCAGCCUCUAAACUGCACCACACACAGGUCUUUGCUCUUUCUUUUCACUGUGUGCCCUCAGAUUUUUUCACAGAAUCUAUGUCCAAAAUUUAAAAAACUCCAGCAGCUGGUCUCACAGAGAAGAUCCUUGUGAAAAAUGAGAUUCACUUAAUAAAUUUUAAGAAGUUUAAUAUAAACAAAAAGACAAUUAGGAGACAAAGAAAAUAAAGCAGAGGGUUAAAAUGGCCAGGUGCCCUGGCGUGUUGCCAGGUACACACCUGAUAUCUUUGGAACAUUCUUUUUAUCCCCUCCUGCUGUGAGGGUUUAAUGCAUAUUCAGACUUUUCUAAGAAGCAUUUUGCAUGGUUACACCCUGAACCCACCUUUUCAGAGCAUGCUUCGUAUGGUUUUUAUUUUUGCUGAUCAUUUUAUUUGAAUUUGAUUUCCUUUCUUUGCAAGCAGUCAGUGCUGAUAACAGUCUGGGCCCCUCGUCCUGCCACUGGUGGCAGCUGGGCUUCACAUCCUUCUGCUGCCAACAGCCUGGUCCUGGCUGCUGAUAACAGCCUGGCCUCCACUGUCCUUCUGCUGAUAACAGCUUGGGCCCCACUGUCUUUGCCCUCUGGGGUUUCUGUGCUUUGUACCGAGGGACACCAUGAAAUUCCUUUACGCUUAAAACUUGUUAGCAAGAGAAAAAGUACAUACAUAGCCAAAAAGUAUUUGACAUAUAAUACCCAUCCUAAUACUUGCAAUCACAAUAUGGAUUUAUAACAUCCUGGAAGAGAGCCAGUGCUGGGCUAUACCUUUCUUUUGUAACCUAUAAAUCCCUUCUUCAGGAUCCAAGCCUGAAACUCUCCACUAACUGCUCCCACUAAAGGUGCCAGGACAAAAUUUGUCAUUUUUGUUGGCUUUUACCUUCCCACUCUUGCCAUUCAGAACUCCACCCCAUAUCCCUGUGUACUCCUAGACAAUUAAAUGUACUGUGACAUUGCCUCAGAAACUCAAAAGGGCAGACCUGAAGUCAAAAGUGUCCAGACCCUACUGGCAAAAUGUGCCAGGUCAAAAAGAAAUACGUUUAUUUUGGAAGCCAAACGUCUCUCCCCAGUGUUCCGGGUGCAGGUAAGAGGUUCCCCAGGGGAGGUGAAGGCCGGCACCUGCUUUCCUUGAUGGCACUUCCUGUGUGGGAGCAAUCCACUCCCAGGAGCCCUGCACCAGAACGUGGUGCUGCCUCCAGUGUUGAAUACAUCCACCAGGGACUGCUCUAGCACAGAAGUUCUCUCGAAAGAGCUGCUGCUGGUUUGUACUUCCCUGGGGCAGCAUCUCCUGCACCACCACCAAUGGGGUGAGGUGCUUUCCGUAGCAAAUAAAGGCAUCCUCAUCCUCUUUCUGGAGCUCACCUCCAGUAUUGGGGUACCAACUCCAAAACCGUGUAUGUCCAGGGAUCUCUUUCAGAGAAACCUUUCCAGGACAGAAAGCUCUUAGUGGUCUACACCUAGGGAGCCUUGUCAUCCUUUCCUUUCAGGUGGCCAGCACCUGACAAGGACAAAGAUGAAUAAAUGACUGCUUUAUUUAAAUUGACAAUGAUAAGAUGAACAUGUAAAAAGAUAAAAAUGCAAAAUGGCAAAACGACAAUCUGAUUAGAAUUAUUUAGUACACGAUAAAGCUGCUAAUACAGUGCUCUAUUUAUUGCACCAAUAAUACAGCUAGCUUAAUAACUAUCAAAUAGAGACUGAUGUUACUCACUCAUGUCACUGACCAUGGGCAAGUCUCUCACUCACCUUUCAGAGGUGUCCCUGAGAGGUGUUUCCACCCAAGGGAUUGAUCUUCAUGCAUCUAAAGAAAAUAUGAUGAGAAAACUGGGACUGAUCUUUUGUAGUACAAAGAGGUUGAUUGUCCUGCAACUUACAGAUUCUGUGUUGUUCUCAGCAGAACACGUUUGAGUCAGAUGUUACCAGCACUUUGGUUUCUGCUCGUAACUUUGGUCUCUCACUUCCCUAGCAGGCUCUUCCACAUCCCUGUUGAUGCCACUUCAGCUGGGAGGAGCACCCUCAUGAGGGACCUAAUUUAAGAGAGUUUGGUCAAGCUGGUCUCAGCAUUCUGUGCCACUGUGUCCUACUAAACCCCCUGGUUUUUAAUCUAUCACCAAAGAUUUGUAAAUAAGACAAAGAAGGGGCUUUUUAAAGCUCUCCCAGCCUUUCCAAAUGGAACAUCACCAGUGCUCCUGCCCCUCAUAACGCAGUUGCUUGUUCCUCACACCAGUCCUGUUGUCCCAGGAACAGGAGAGCUUCAUCUCUGUCCCUUAGAGAGACAGUGAGUCCCCUCUGGAGCUGUGUCUCCAGCUCCAAUGUCUGCAUUGCCACUGCUUCCAGCUCUCUCUUUGCUGACUGGUUUCUAGGUCUGCCUCCUAUCCAAGUUUUCAUCCAUUAUGUGUCACCUUAGGGCAAAUGGAAUCUCACUAGAGAAGUGGGAAAUCGGGUGGACGCAGCAAAAGCACUCUCCCACCUUUGAGGAAGUCAUGAAGGUCAGCACAGACUUUGCAUUUAAGUGAGAAAAGGCCUUCAAGAAAAGAAGAUGGCAUUAUCUUCUUAGAUGUUCUUGCUUCAACAGUCUGGAAAUUAUUGAGCCCAAGGUCUGGGUAAGAGGCAUCCAUCCCACCCCUUCACUGCCCCACCAGCCCCGUGGUUCUGUGCUUACUCUGCCAUGUAACCCUGCCCCUCACUUAAUCUGCUUAUUAAAAGCAUUUGCCCAAUUUUUCUGAUGUUGCAGCCUCCUCCAUUUAUCUGCUUCACUGAGUUCUCCAAGGGACUUCCUUUCUCAAAGAAAGUCCUUUCUUUGCACUUUUUGUCCUCAGCUUCUGGAGCUCUGUGUUUUUGCUGUGCGCCCAAGUGUUUUAAGAAGGAGUAAAUAUUCCAUAUGAAGGAAAAGGGGAAUUACUUGCUCCCAUGGGCUUCAGGCAAAAAAGAAAAAUUUAAAAAGUGUGACUUCUUGGGAAGUCUCAUCAUUUUAGGUCAUUUGUGUUACCUUGGUAUUUCCAGUCUCCUCCUGCGAUGGUGGAGGUGUUUUGCCCCGCGCUUUGAUUGCCCUCACCCCUGGAUGUCUGUGGGACAUUUCCAGGCCCCACUGUCACCCACCUCCUGUCCUCUGCUGUCACCGCCUGGGCGUGCGAGGGCCACGCUGGCUCACUGGGCCAGUAAAAGCGAGGCUGUCCAGGUGGAUGGGCACAGGUGUCCCCUGCUGUCCUCAGCUGUCACCCCGGUGCCACUCGGCCCCGUCCCGGGACCCGCCUGGCACGCUCAGCCCGUGCGGGGACAGCCGGACUCUGCCCCGGGGCUGCCCCUGCAUCUCCCAACACCUCCCAUGUGACUCCAGGAAAGAGGGCUUGGCCACACCUGUGCCACUCACAGCUGUCUUCAUCUGUCAGCAGGAAGCAGGGAGGAAAGAAACCAGGGCAGGAAGGAGAGAAAAGGAGGAAGAAAAGAGAGCAGGAAGGGGAGGACAGGAGGAAGAGAGAGAGAGGGAGAGGUAACGAGGCUGCAUUCAGCAGUGAGGAGCAGAGUGGCCGAUACCGCCCUGCCAGAAGCUUCCAAUGUCCUCCUCAACCUCCACCAGCGCUUUGCCCAGCGGCCUGGCCGUGCUGACGACCUUCCCAGAUGUGCUCUUCAUCCCUGAAAUCAUCUUUGGGGGCCUUGUGUGGAUCCUGGUGGCAUCCUCGGAGGUCCCAAGCCCCAUGCUGCAAGGCUGGGUGAUGUUUGUCUCCGUGUUCUGCUUCGUCAUGUCCAUCUCCCUCCUGUGCCUCUACCUCUGCGGGGCUCACGGCGGCGGCGGCUGCUGGGUCACCUUGGAUGUCAUCUGCCAGGGGACAGCAGCGCUGUUCUACCUCAGCGCCGCCGUGCUGGAAGCCUACGCGACCUACGCCCUUGGAAUGCUGCUCCCGGGACAGAAGUACAGGGAGAACAUUGCUGCUGUGGUAUUUGCAUUUGUGGCCACCCUGGUUUAUGUGAUCCACAAGGUGUUCUCGCUCCUGAGGUGGAAAUCAUCCUGAACAACCCCAGGAACAACGACUGCCAUCUCCAGGCUGGGUUUGGGUUUCGUUUUUUAAUGUAUAGCCUAUAAGCAAGCAGCUUUUUAUGUGGGAUCUUGGUGAUGAACACAAGGAGCCUGCCAGAGAAAGGAAUAUGGCACAAUCUGUUUCCCUUCAAUAUCUUACAGGCUGGGAACAGUUUGAUGCUGGGGCCAAAAUAAAAUUUAAAAAAAAAAAAGCCAUCCAGUUUUAAAAACAUAAUAUAGUUGGGUUCAAAGGGCUAAAAUAUCUUUGGACUGCACCUUUAUGUGUCCAGGGUUGUUACUGGUAUCAGGGGAAAAGUGACCAACAAGCAGUGAGGAGCACAAGUGUGAAACAGUGUCAUUUUAAUUGCUGCGUGCCCAUUUACAUCUGUUCCCCCCCUAAAGCUGCUGCACAAAUUAAUAUUCUCAUGCAGUUUCUGAAAAUGCCUUCUCUGACUUGCAAUGAGCUGUGGGGACAAUAUUUAACUUGGCUUGAUCCACGUUCAGGAGCAAUGUGGAUCCUUGCAGCUCCUGAAGAGUGCUGCUGAAUUCUGAGGCACGACCAGGAAUUACCACUGCCUCUGAUCCCCCUACAAAGCACAACCUGGAAGGGGCCCAGUAGGCUGUAGGAGAAUUCUUUGGGUGAUCAGAAUCAAAUCCUCAAUAAGCAGAGGCAAUCAACUCCUGCUUUUGGUGAAUGGCUGUUUGCUCACACACUGCCACGGUGUCACUAAUAAAGACGGGUUUGCUGUGAUUUGGAGAA